AUGCCGUGUUCUGGUCGACGAGCAAUGAGGCCAUGGAAGGCUGCGCCUGCUUCUCGCGACUCCUCUUCGUCGAGCGGAAAGUCAGAUUCGUCGCUUCGAUCCAUUCUGCGCACAGGACGGUCGGAUCGAUCAACUUCACGAUCAUCCAGUCGGCGUCGUAGUGUUUCGUUUUCUCGCGACGUUCGAGCCAAGCCCAUCCCGAACAACGAAAGCAAUCGUCUAUUGGCAUCUCAACAAAAUAAAACCACAACUGUUGUCACCGUUGCUUCUGAGCCUUCCUACAUCUUGCCUCUAACCGGUUCUUUGAAUGAUCUGGCCAAGAAAGUUGCCCUCAAGCGUCGCCACCGACACAACAAGUCAAGCUCUCGGCGCUCUCGUAGCUCGACCGCUGCUCCAAAACGUCGUCGCUCAUCUCGCCAAAACUCCUCAUCCUCUACAUCACACAAACGCUCCUCAAGCAGCUCAAUGGAAGAGAGUCGAGGCGCACGCACGAGCAGUUCCCCAUCUAAGCGCACCAGUCGCCGCCACAAGCCUCACCGUUCGACCAGUUCCUCUUCUCGUCGCUCCUCGUUGAAGUAUGGCUCGAGCCGUCCUCGUCGCUCCAACCUCCGCCGUCCUUCUGGUUCCCGUCGCAAGACAGCAUCGCCACGCACAGCCCGUUCUCGCUCCUCAACUCCUCGUACGGCUCGUGCGGUGACUCCAAUUAUGACAACGCCAUCGGGCACUCAAAUUGGCAUCGACAAGCAAGGACGUCUGCGUGAUACGACGAAUGGAAAAUAUGUUGCUAUGAAGCAGCUGGAGCCAAUUGAUUCAAAGCGUCGCCGCCACGCCAAAUCGUCUCGCACUGAGGAG